AAGGGUCGUCUGUCGCGGCAGCGCGUCAGUGAGUAAACAAACAGUUGAAGAGUGUUUCGAAGCUACGCAAAAAUCAACGUAAACAAACAUGUCGCUAAUGCCAUAUUGGUUGAGGCAUCUGAGGAACUUGGCGUACCGGGACCCAGUGGUCAGGGUAUUGGAGGAUCCUUUCAGUGUGUUUUCUCGCGAUCCUUUCUUCCGGGACCCGGUGAAAUACAUGAAACAUCUGACGGCACCGAUAGAGAAGGAGUACCACGGGAUUGAAGGAAUCUACUCGGAUUCAGAGGUGAAAGUCGACGGGAAGAAGGUGGAGGUGCAUCUCGACGUGCAGAACUUCACGCCCGAGCAGAUUGUAGUCAAGACUGUUGGCAACGAGAUAAUGGUGGAAGGUAAGAAGGAGGUGAAACGUGAGGACGGAUGGACGCGUAGCCACUUCGAGCGACGUUUCCUUCUGCCCGAGGGUUUCCCACCGGAGCGGGUCGAGUGCCACCUGGACAAGGGCAAGUUGAAGUUGAUUGCUUUCCGCUCCGAGGCGCUGGACGAGCGGAAGAUCCCAAUACAGGAGAAAUCCAGCUCGGAAGACGGAAAGAAAGAUUGAUUGGUUUAUUAGUGUGUAGCGUUCUUUUAGUUUAGAAAUGGUAAAAUGUAUUGUGCAAACUCUGUGUAAAAUGAAGCUAUUGCCGUAAAACAUGUGGAUAGAUUUUUUCAUGUUUACAAUGGAAACUUGUGCCUACACAAAAUAUAUUAUUCAUAAAAAUCAUCAGCCGGUAACUGAAACAUUUCGCCUUUGAUACGGAGAUGUUAGAAGACGAUAAAUUUUGUUUAGGCAUAGUUUUUUAUUUAAUUUGGUG